UGUCAAAUUGUUAAGCCUUUUCUAGUUUUAAUUGAAUUUAAUUAGGUAAUUUGUGGAAAUUUCGAGUGAGAACAGUUAUAGACGGUGGUGAUGAUAAUUUUAAUCGCGCGCAAAUAAUAUGCCACCCUGGACAUAUAUCGCAUGCAGUAUCGGCCUAUCGGUGCGACAAAUCGAUAGACACAUCAGUUCACUUGGAUUUGGAAUUGCAGCCUUGGUGUCUGUCGCUUUGCACCAACAUUUUUUUAUUCCAAAAAUAUACGUACGCGCGUGAAUCAUACGCGACGUCUCGACUCACGACACGCACAGUAAAAAUCGAGUGUACAUAGUAUAUAUUAUAUCUAUAUAUAUAUAUAUACAAAAUAUUCAUUUAUUGAAUUUUUGUAUUACACGUAUACGAGAAUUUAUUUAAUAGCGCCUUGACGUCGUUGCAGUAAUUGCCGCCCCGCACCGCGUCCCUCGCCCCCGCGCCGACUGAGUGUGUUACUAAAAAAUUGUAUUAAUAGUUGUGUUCCAUCUGUGUUCAGUUGAAAAUGUUUAGUUUUUUGAAGCGCGAGACUAAAAACCAAGAGGUUGUCGAGAACGUCAUCGGCGAGCUGAAAAAGAUUUAUCGCAGCAAACUGUUGCCCCUUGAGGAGCACUAUCAGUUCCAUGACUUUCACUCGCCCAAACUGGAGGAUCCGGAUUUCGAUGCCAAGCCCAUGAUACUGCUGGUGGGCCAGUAUUCGACAGGCAAGACGACCUUCAUACGCUACCUGCUGGAGCGAGAUUUUCCCGGCAUACGCAUCGGGCCGGAGCCCACGACAGAUCGCUUCAUUGCCGUCAUGUAUGAUGACAAGGAGGGCGUGAUACCCGGCAAUGCGCUGGUCGUGGAUCCCAAGAAACAGUUCCGGCCGCUGUCCAAGUAUGGCAACGCAUUUCUGAAUCGAUUCCAAUGCUCGACUGUGGCAUCGCCCGUGCUGAACGCCAUUUCGAUUGUGGACACGCCCGGCAUCCUCUCCGGCGAGAAGCAGCGCAUUGAUCGCGGCUACGAUUUCACGGGCGUGCUGGAAUGGUUUGCGGAACGCGUGGAUCGCAUCAUUCUGCUGUUCGAUGCACACAAGCUGGACAUAUCCGAUGAGUUCCGGCGUUCAAUUGAGGCGCUUAAGGGCCACGACGACAAGAUACGCAUCAUACUGAACAAGGCCGAUAUGAUCGAUCAUCAGCAGCUGAUGCGGGUCUAUGGCGCGCUGAUGUGGUCGCUGGGCAAGGUGCUGCAGACGCCGGAAGUGGCGCGCGUCUAUAUUGGCAGUUUCUGGGAUCAGCCGCUGCGCUUCGAUGCUAAUCGCCGGCUCUUCGAGGAUGAGGAGCAGGAUCUGUUCCGGGAUCUACAAUCGCUGCCACGCAAUGCCGCUCUGCGCAAGCUGAACGAUCUGAUCAAGCGGGCGCGCCUGGCCAAGGUGCAUGCGUUUAUCAUUGCCGAGCUGCGCAAGGAUAUGCCCUCUGUGUUUGGAAAGGAUAGCAAAAAGAAGGAUCUGAUCAAGAAUCUUGGCCAGGUGUACGAUCGCAUUCAGCGCGAGCACUCCAUAUCGCCGGGCGAUUUCCCAGAUAUUAAAAAAAUGCAGGAGGUGCUGCAGCAUCAGGACUUUACCAAGUUCCAUUCGCUGAAGCCGCAUCUGCUCGACAUUGUGGACAACAUGUUGGCCAAGGACAUUGCGCGUCUCAUGGAAAUGAUACCGCAAGAGGAGAUGACCCUCGUCCAAGACCCAAUCGUCAAGGGAGGCGCCUUCGAGGGCGUCAUCGACGACAAUGUCUCGCCGUUCGGUUACAUGAAGGGCGAGGGAAUCGAUGCCGGCUGCGGCGAGCACGAAUGGAUAUGCAACAAGGAUAAGCCGCGCACAGAUGCCAUCUUCAACGGGCUGGGACCGGUAGAUGGCAAAAUCUCCGGCUCAACUGCCAAGCAGGAGCUCAUCAAAUCAAAACUGCCCAACUCUGUGCUUAGCAAAAUCUGGAAAUUGUCCGACAUUGAUUGCGAUGGUUUCCUCGACAUUGAUGAAUUUGCGCUGGCCUUGCACCUAAUCAAUGUCAAGCUGGACGGCUGUGAGCUGCCCAAUGCGCUGCCGGAGCACUUGGUGCCGCCGUCGAAGCGUUUCGCCUAAUCCUCGGGAAUUCAUACAGAAUAUCGCACACCCUUCCCUAUACAAAAGACGGAAUUCUGUCGGCAAAUCCUAUGCUGCACUCGUGUUUUCAUGUUUUGUUUCGUUUCGCAGAAAUUGUCUUUUUAUAUGUACUUUAUUUGUCUAUAAAAUUGCUAAACUGGGUAUUUUAACAUCCAGCAAAGCAUUGUGGCAUAAAACUUUAAAAAUAUCAGAGAAAAAAAUCAAGCAUGCAUAAAUUCAUAGAAUUUACACAAGAAAUAUUUUUGGAUAACAAUCAAUUUUAAAUUGUACAGCGAGCAGGAAUUAAUAAUAUAAAAAACUAGCUAGUGGAAUUAUACAAAAUGAAAAGAAUUCAGUCCGCCUAAAAAAAACCGACGUCAAAUGUUGAUUUAAGAGAAAAGUACAUAAUAAUCACUUGUUCAAUGAUAUAAUAUAAUAAUGAUAAUGAAAAAGGCACUAAAUAAAAACGUAUACAAUAUGUAGGCUUAAA